AUGACUUAUGCGUAUCUCUUCAAAUACAUAAUCAUCGGGGACACAGGUGUGGGGAAGUCAUGUCUCCUCCUGCAGUUCACAGACAAGCGGUUCCAGCCUGUCCACGACCUCACCAUAGGUGUGGAGUUUGGGGCCCGUAUGGUCAACAUUGAUGGAAAACAAAUCAAACUGCAAAUCUGGGAUACGGCUGGGCAAGAAUCCUUCCGUUCUAUCACCCGUUCCUACUACAGGGGAGCAGCUGGCGCACUGCUGGUGUACGACAUCACAAGGCGUGAAACCUUCAACCACCUGACCUCAUGGUUAGAGGAUGCUCGGCAGCACUCCAGUUCCAACAUGGUCAUCAUGCUGAUUGGGAAUAAAUGUGACUUAGAGUCCCGCCGGGACGUGAAGAGAGAGGAGGGGGAGGCCUUCGCUCGGGAGCACGGACUUAUCUUCAUGGAAACCUCAGCCAAAACAGCCUGCAAUGUGGAAGAGGCCUUCAUUAACACAGCCAAAGAAAUAUAUAGGAAGAUCCAGCAGGGUUUAUUUGAUGUCCACAAUGAGGCAAAUGGCAUCAAGAUCGGUCCUCAACAGUGUAUUUCAACAUCAGCGGCACCCAUCGCCACCCAGCGGAACUCUGGUGACAUAGAGUCUAACUCUGGCUGCUGCUGA